AAUGCCGACGUACGGUGGCGAUUUAAUCACAGGUCUUCUACCCUUCGUAAGCUAAUGAUCAACGAAUAUUCAAUCUGCUAAAAAUUAUUCACUGCAUCGAUCUCCACCGUAGUCUCUUUCAUCAAAUUCAAUCUCUCAAAACCCUCCACAAAAACUCCAUCAAAAAGCUAUCACCGUUAUCUUCAUCCGUUGACUCCACUGUAUUGACCGUAAAUCAGGCGUACAGGAUCCUUCCUUGAAAAUCACCUCUCUGAUCUGGGAAAAAUUAGGGUUUUGAAUUUGGUACUCACAAAAUGCAUACUAGGUAUAUGGAGAGGACUAAUAGUAUGGCUAGAGGGAAGAGGAGCUUGGAUGGAGAUGAUAACCAGCAGCCCGAGCCAAAACGUCCCGCUUUAGCUAGUGUAAUUGUAGAAGCUCUUAAGGUGGAUAGCCUGCAGAAACUCUGCUCAUCUUUGGAACCCAUUCUUCGUAGAGUUGUAAGUGAAGAGGUGGAAAGAGCUUUGGCAAAAUUAGGACCUCCUAGACUUAGUGGAAGGUCUUCUCCAAAACAAAUUGAAGGUCCAGAUGGACGGAGCUUACAGCUCCACUUCAGGUCUAGAUUAUCUCUUCCCCUUUUCACAGGAGGAAAGGUCGAAGGAGAGCAGGGUGCUGCUAUCCAUAUUGUUCUAGUUGACAGUAAGACUGGACACGUUGUAACAACUGGACCUGAGGCCUCUGUUAAGCUAGAUGUCGUUGUGCUUGAAGGUGAUUUCAACAAUGAGGAUGAUGAAGAUUGGACGCAAGAAGAAUUUGAGAGCCAUGUGGUAAAAGAGCGGGAAGGGAAAAGGCCACUGCUGACUGGUGACUUGCAAGUGAUCCUCAAAGAGGGGGUAGGAACGCUAGGAGAUCUCACUUUUACUGACAACUCAAGUUGGAUAAGAAGCAGGAAAUUCAGGCUUGGCUUGAAGGUUGCUUCUGGAUAUUGUGAGGGUAUGCGUGUACGGGAAGCAAAGACAGAGGCCUUUACUGUCAAGGAUCACAGAGGCGAAUUGUAUAAGAAGCACUAUCCACCUGCAUUAAAUGAUGAGGUAUGGAGAUUGGAAAAGAUUGGGAAAGAUGGGUCAUUCCACAAGAAGCUUAACACUGCAGGAAUAUUCACUGUCGAAGACUUUUUGCGGGUUGCGGUCAGGGAUCAACAGAAGUUACGAACUAUUCUUGGAAGUGGUAUGUCAAAUAAGAUGUGGGAGGCUCUCUUAGAUCAUGCAAAGACUUGUGUGCUCAGCGGAAAGUUUUAUGUUUACUAUACUGAUGAUACAAGAGAUGUUGGUGUUGUCUUCAAUAACAUCUAUGAGUUGAAUGGCCUUAUUUCUGGGGAACAGUAUUUACCUGCUGAUUCUCUCUCUGAUAGUCAAAAGGUUUAUGUAGACACGCUGGUGAAGAAAGCCUAUGACAAUUGGCUUCAAGUCAUAGAGUAUGAUGGCAAGUCACUGUCGAACUUCAAGCAAAAUAGGAGGUCAAGUGCCCGAAAUGAACCUCAGACGGAUGCGAUAUGCUACCCUAAUCAUCAGUUGCAGUUACCACGGUUACCAGUUGCUGUUCCUACUGAGCAAGUGCACUCAGGCCCACAAGCUGGAGGAUUUAAUGAUAAUCAGUCUAUGAGAUACUCGGGACAACCAGAGCUUGUGAAUUCGAAUUCUCGUAGUCAAUUUGACGGCACACAAUUUUUGCAAUAUGAUCAGCUGGUUGACAAUUCAGAGCAACCACAAAGCUCAAGAACUAAUAAUAAUGCUGUUGGGCUGGCUCUUGGUCCUCCACAGUCAUCUACCUUAGGAUUCCACAAUGCUAGUUCUUCAAUGCAGCCAUCAAAUCUUAAUCCCUUUGACUAUUGGUCGAACAACAGAGACAAGGGAGUCGAGGACAUGUUUUCUGAGGAGGAGAUUCGCCUCAGAAGUCAUGAAAUGCUCGAGAAUGAAGAUAUGCAACAUCUCCUCCGCCUCUUCAGCAUGGGAGGUCACCAUGCUACUGUGACAGAGGAUGGUGGGUUUGGAUUCCCAAAUUACAUGCCAUCCCCAAUGGUAAACUUCAUAGACGAAGAUCGUUCACGUCCUGGCAAAGCUGUUGUCGGGUGGCUAAAGAUCAAGGCCGCGAUGAGAUGGGGUUUCUUCAUCCGGAAGAAAGCUGCUGAGAGACGGGCACAGGUAGUCGAGUUAGAAGACGAAGAAGAAGAAGAAGAAUAGGCUAUCAACAAGUCGUAUUGGUACUAUGGUUUUGGAAGUUGCUAACAACAACAAUGUAUGAAAUUAAGGGGUUUCAAAACUCUUGAAGAACCCUAAAUUAGGCAAUGGGAAAUCUCUUUGUACAAUUUCCUGUAUAGUAAGCCGCUUCUUUUGACUUCCCAUUAUUAAAUAUAUUUUACUGUAUAUGAGAGGCUAAAUUUGGUUUUAAAUUCAUGGCCCUCCUUCCUUUCCUUGUUGAUUGAUUUUUCUAAUGGCAUUUAGGUGUGAGUUUGUUACAGUUAAUUGUUAUUUCAUCAAUCAAGAUUUCUGGGAUAUUUUGUAAGCAAAUUGUUGGCUGAGUUUCAUCUCCACCGAACAACGAUCAACAAUUUGACUGAAUACUGGAAGCACAUUUGUUUUUGUAUUGGAAUUUACUUAUUUGGCUUUUUUAUGUAUAGAUUCUCCUACUUUUUAUCA